AUGCCGAUGCGCUCCAUCGCCAACGUGAGCCUCGACUCGUGGCUCUUCGGGGAGGACAAGCCCAGCGACGCGGGCGCAGAGGCAGCCCCCAGCCGCAGCUCAGUGGUGGGGCUGACGUUCCCGCAACCGCGGAAGCGCUCGGUCCGCCUCACGGGCAAGACGUCGCCGCUGCGCAAUGGCGUGCCCGACCCGUUCCCCGUGAGCUCCAAGCUGCGCAAGCUCUUCCGCCCCAACAAGCUGCCGCAGUGGAAGCGCGGAGGGAAGGCGACGCAGAUCGACAAGCAGCGGCAGCUCGUGGGGCUGGACACCACUAGCUUCCAGAAGCUGCAGGGCCACGUGCCGUUCACGCUCAAGGAGAUCGUCAAGGACCCCAAGAAGCUGCCGUACCUGCUGCAGUGGCUCUCGGUGGACACGGAGAUCCCGAGCGACGCCACGCACAGCAACUACCACCAGGUGCUGCUCUUCCUCAUGGAGAUCGAGCAGCUGCAGACCGUGGACGAGGACAAGCGCCGCGAACAGGCGCUCAAGAUCUGGCACAAGUACAUCGACAACGCGUCCGAGUUCCAGAUCGCCACGACGCUCGAGCUCACGCCCGAGCUGGAGCAGCUUGUGCGGGACAACAUUGGCAGCAGUAGCAGGGUCAACGACAGCUUCUUUCCCAUCCAGAAACUGGCCUACAUGCGGCUCACGAGGGAGGAGAUGCCGCGCUUCCUCAAGAGCGACGAGUACCUCAAGAUGCUCAUUGAUACCGAGGACGGUACCAGGACCAUCCCGAUGGAAAGGAUACUGCAGCAGCCGCGCGCGGCGCAUUACUUUUUACUCUUCCUGAUGCAGAGUCGACAGCACUUCGAGCUCUACUUUUGGCUCCAUGUCGAGUACGUGCUGAAGCCUGUGUUGGAGGAGGCAAACUACGAGCUGUUCUGGCGGCUAGCGCGAGUGCUGGUGGAUAAGGCGCAGAACGACUCACAGGCCAUCACCCUGGCGACCAAGAACGAUUUGUAUCUCGCGAUUGCCAGCCGUCGAUUCGACGAGAAGCUUCAAGCCCCGCAGCCAGUUGCCAAGGCGCUGUUCAACAAGGCGCAGCAGGAGAUUUUCGCCAUGCUGCGCUCGUCGUGGUUUGAUCGGUUCACAAGGAGCGAUCUGUACAAGGUUGCGCUGCAGGACUCGCUUAUUCACUUCGACCUUGUCGAGUCAAAGGAGGAUUCUCCUCCCAAGUUGCUGUCCAGAGCCUUUUCGUCCGCGGAGUAUUCCAGAGUGCAAGCUGUAGAUGAAGAUUCCGCAUCGAUGAGUGAAGGAGAGGGCGAAGAAGAUAAAGCUGAGGAAGGAGACGAAGAAGCUCGUGCCGACAGUAAGGGUACUACCGACAACUCAGACCACAUGAGCGCCAACCACAGUGAACAGGGCAGUGAAAGCGACUCUGUGGAGGAGAGUGAAGACCGCGAGUUCGCCAAAGUGGUGUUGAAUCUGGAGAGCAUUAUUCGGCUGACGAAGCUGCCUGAGGGUCUGCAAGUGCACUAUCGGCCAAAUUACGAGUCACCAACCACGAAUACCCCUGCCCCGAAGGAGGAUAGCUGUGGAAUUGAUACAAUACUGACCUUCGCGACGUUCUUGGAGACACAGGAAAGAGAGGAUCCAGCCGGUACACUUAUGCUGAUGCCCGUUCCAAAUCCACACAAGGACAAGGACAGCACGGACGAGUCAUUCGAUGACAUCUCAAGACGAAUUAAAACGUUCCUUGUUCCGAGUGGUCGGAUCCUCAUCAAGCGAGCAGGAGGUGAAAAAUGCCCUGCCGAUAUGUUGUUCCCGUUCCAGCAGAGCGGUCGCAAUGGGUUUCUGUUCGGAUCGGUCUACUUGACGUAUGAGCGUGUGCACGUGGGAACUUCCAACGAAGAGCACUAUGUUGCUAAGGGUUUCUGCCUGCUUUCUCAUCUACCGCUGGUAAACUCACUGAGAAGGCUAGUGGAGGAGCACGUGCAGAGCUCACAAGAGCAAUCCAGUAUCUUUGCACAUGACCGGCUAGCUUUACUGUUCCAGAGCAGCAUCAGUUGGAAAAGGACGACCAUCACAAGUGCCAGGAGUCACACGUAUGUACACCCAGAAAUGCGACGCCUAGCUCAUCGGAAGCACAGCAGCAUUCUGAGUCUGCCGUUGAGUACGCUGGAAACGCAGGUCGAUGUGCCCAUGGCGAUUCUGUUUGAGCAGUUUGGAACUGCGAUGGUACUCCAAAUUCUGGCGAGUGCUGUGCUCGAGUGCAGUAUCGUGGUGGUGGCGAGUCAGUAUUCACUGUUGACAAUGUGCGCCGAAGCAAUCCGCAACCUGCUGCGUCCAUUCUCGUGGUGUCACGUGUACGCCCCCGUAUUGCCGAAGCCGCUGCUCUCCUACCUUCAGUGCCCAACGCCAAUCUUGGUUGGCGUGAACAGUGAGUUCGCGCUGCGAUCGGAUCUUCCUACGCGGGGCUUAUACCUCGUUGCUGACGUCGAUCGCAAGGUUGUCGAAUACGUCGGUGACCAGUCCGUGGCGUGGCGUAAUAUGGGUCUGCGAGAUGACCUUGGAGAAGACGUCAUCUUCCUUCCUCGGUGUUUUGAAGCUGCGAAGCAAGAGCUGGACAGGUUACUCUUCCCAAGAGCUCUGCAGUACGACUCAAUCGGCGGAUGCGAUACACUGGCCCCCGACAACGUCGAUUGCUCCUUCGCUUACGCUUCUCCUCCUGACACGGAGGCCGAGCGCGACGAACAAGUUCGCGGCAUCUGCUUCGACCUGUUCUCAGAGCUGCUGAGUGGCCACACCAACGCUUGUCUCGUGGUUGGAGACACGAAGGAGUCGGUGGUGAUCUUUGACGAGACCGAGUUUCUCGCCACUCGUGCUGACGAAGAUUUACCGUUCUACCGAGCUCUAUUGCGUACCCAGGGCUUCUCAGAAAUCGUUAGUGCGCACCGGAUUAAUAUGAGCUCGAAGGAGACUGAAGCCGAUGCAGAAGCCUUAGAGGCCGAUGAGGACCUGCAGGAAGGAAUAAUCUAA